AUGCCCGCUCUCCCUCCCACCAUGGCCAUGGGAAACAUUGGAACCUGGCAGAAGAAGGUCAGCGAGUGCCAUUGCCGCCGUGCCAAGAUCUUGGUCGUGUCUGGCUCCGAGGUCAACAUCAACCAACCCAUCGCCAUCAUGGCCGAGAACAAGGAGGAUAUCGAGAAGCUCGCCGAUUUCACCGCUGCUGCUGCCGGCGCUGCUCACACCGACAUCUCCGUCACUAACAUGCGCAGGGUCAUUGCCCAGCUGUCGAAACAGACCGUUCCUCUACAUUACGGUCGGGAUGGAGAUAGGCAAGGUCAUGAAGCUCCCGAGCUCCUCAACAAGUCCCCCGAGGACAAGUAUAAGUUAUCGGUCAACGACUUCAUCUUCAAGGCUUCUGCCCGUGCCCUCAAGGCCGUCCCCGAGACCAACAGCUCGCGGGUGAACAACUCUAUCCGCCAGUACUACACCUCGGCCAUCUGCGUUGCUACCUCGACCCCCAUUGCCGCCAAUGCCGAGACCAAGGGAUUGGCCACCAUUGGGCAUGUACUGUACCAAGCACUUUACUGUCAUCAUUAG